AUGUUGAAAUUGGGACAGAGCCAUAGUGGCCGCCAGGAUGCGAAGCAGCAGCAUCACGGUGAUAUGAGGAGUUUGAGCCAGAGCACCUCCAAGACUCUGAAUGACAUGGCUCUCAUGGUGGGAUCACCAGAGCAGCAGAGUUCUGUGGACGGGGAGUCCUCUGAGAGAGUGUGUGGUUAUCAGGAUGUUUUAAACUACCUGAACUUAACCAAAGACAAUGUGUUCUACUUCGCGACCCGGCCUGUUAAAGACCACACACAACCCACUGUGGUAUACCUGGACGUUUUGCUUAAUGCCAUCCUAGAUGUGAAAGAGAUUGACCAGAUAUUUAUUCCGUACAUUUGGAUUACCAUGCACUGGAACAAUCAACACAUUUUAUGGAAUGCCAGUGAGUUUUGUGGCAUUUCCAGUGUUUCUAUUCCUGCUGAAUUCCUGUGGAAGCCGGAUCUCAAAAUUAAAGAGACGACAGAAAACGCCUCUCCAAGUCCCCGUCUCACUGUCAUGAAUGACGGUGAGGUCUUUCUUCUGAACGACCAGGCGUUUGUCAGCAGCUGCAGGAUGCAAGUUUACAAAUUCCCCUUCGACAUUCAGACCUGCACCCUCUCCUUCAGCUCUGUCGUUUACUCGGACACGGAACUACAGCUUUCUCAUUCCAUGAGCUCUUCAGACGCCACGGAGUGGUCUCACGAGAUGAUGCAGACCCAGUACGAGUGGCUGUUCAUCGACAUGACAGUUACCAACAAAACUUUUGAGAGAUUUUCGUGGACAAAGGAUGUAAUCAUUUACACUAUCAAAAUGAAGAGGAGGUCUGCCCUCUACAUCAUCAACUUCAUAGUACCCAUCCUGUUCUUCUUGUGUCUGGACUUGGCCUCCUUCCUGAUCUCAGACCACGGGGGCGAGAAGCUGAGCUUCAAGGUCACCGUGCUUCUUGCUGUCACUGUGAUGCAGCUUAUUCUGAAUGAAAUCCUGCCUUCCUCGUCAAACAGGAUUCCACUUAUAGCUGUCUACUGCCUUGGGAUUUUUGGUCUGAUGCUGCUCAGCCUCCUGGAGACGGUUUUCAUCAUGUAUCUGUUAGAUAGAGACUCUGCAUCCCAAGAGAGUGAGACAGAUGAAGACCAAAGGCUGAGUGAGGACCAUGGGGACAAACGAGGCAAAGGCAACUCCCACGACUGUGAAGGAGAAGAGAAGAAGUGGAGUCAGUGUUUAUGUGUCCAUGAUGUGUCUGCUGAUGAAACGCCAACUGAACUGCUGAAGGUUAGCAGCAGCCAACUGUCGGACGUGUCACAGGGCUUUGACAAGCUUUCAGAUGACGUGAGGGAGGUGGUGAGAACCCUGAAUCUGAUCCUCCACAACAGGAAGAAGGAAGGAAAGCCCGCAGGCUACUGGGCCAGAAAAACCAAAACAAUCAACAAAAUUUUCUUCAUUUUCUAUGCCACAGCCUGCACUCUGUUUUUAGUCUGUAUGUUCUCCAACUGGUAG